AUGAACACCGACACGACCACCGAUCUCCAUACUGAUGUCGACGCCGAGGCAUCUUCGCGCGCCUCUGAUGCCGCCGCAGGACCAUCUACGUCUAAGAAUGGACGUAUACUUGGACGAAGAACCGCGAAGACGCGAGAAAAAGUAUAUAGAUGUGAUCUUGAGGGAUGCGACAAGGCGUACACGAAGCCGUCGCGUCUCGCUGAGCACACGCGCUCGCAUACUGGACAUCGCCCAUACAAAUGCCCCUCCUGCUCGAAAUCCUACCUCCGCGAUACCCACCUCGCCGCACAUGCGCGCACGCACCUUCCCACAUCUGCGCGUCCGCUCGCAUGCUCCGAACCAGGAUGCGACAAACGCUUUUGGACACCGCAGCACCUGAAUACACACGUCGAGGUCAUGCACAGGGGUGUGAAGAGCUAUGAGUGUGAGGUGUGCCCUGCCGCCUUCGCAAAGCACCAUCAACUUCGCGCACACACUGCCGCUGAACACGCGCCUCCCGGCAGUAAACCAUAUCUGUGCACACACAACGAGUGCACAAAGUCGUUCGCGACGGCACAGAAGCUACGCGCGCACGUGAAGGUGCACGAGGAGAAGAGAUAUACGUGCGCGCAUCCCGUGUGCCUCGCUCUACCAGCAACGGAGCCGGCUUAUUUUCCUACAUGGACCGCACUCCAGCACCACAUCCGCACGGCGCAUCCGCCGACGUGUCCGCAUGCCUCCUGUAACGGGCGCACCUUUGCGUCGCAUGCGGGGCUGAGGGCGCAUCUAAAGGUGCAUGCGGAUGCGGAUCGGAGGCGCGGAGGCGAGGUCGGGAGAGAUUGGAGAUGCGAGGAGGACGGGUGCUGGAAGGAGUUCAAGUCUAAAAAAGCGCUCACGACGCACCAUACCAUCACGCACCUCGGCAGGCGCGACUUCGUGUGCCCCGAAAUCGGGUGCGCGCGGGCGUUCGGAUAUAAGCACAUACUGCAGCGACAUGUCGCUCGCGUGCAUGCCGCUGUGCGCGAUCAGGGACAGAGUGGGGAAGCGCGCGGACGAGAAAACGAUGCUGAUGCUGACGCAGACACGGAUGAGGAAUGCAGUGACGCAGGUGAAGCGCGAGGAGGACCUAGCGGCAUCGAUGCCAUGACUGGGCGCUUAUACGCACAGCGCGCCGCCGCUGGGGACUCUGGGCCUACUGGCGCCGGUAUGGGCAGAUUGCGUCAGCUCCGGUGCCCGUACCCCAACUUGAGCGGCUUCUCGUCGUCGUUGUCGCCUUUACAACAUCUGCAGGGAGCGGUGGCGGCGUGCGAGUACGCCUUCGGGCGCGCGUAUGAUCUACGAAGGCAUUUGGAGGCAGUGCAUGGGGUCGUGCUGGAGAAGGAGAUUGUGGAUGCAUGGGCGAGGCGUGUCAGAGCCGGGCUUGCGAGGGGCAGUUCUCGUUAGCAUAUGUUGGUUCUCUAUCUACGAGGGUGCUGAUCUUCAUCAAACCUGAAGUCGAAACAUC